AUGGUAUUAGAAAGCCAUGAAAAAAAACAGUCAAAGAAUUCCAACCAGGACAGCUCAUCUUCCAGGGAUGCUCCAAUGCAAAACAAAGGAGAUGAUGCUAUAAGAAGACACAAUGGGACAUUCAUUCUUUGCCUUGGGAAUAACUUCCUUACAUCUCAAAAAGUGAUUGACACAAAAGAGAAGCCUUAUAAAUGUUCAGAAUGUGGAAAAUGUUUUAUAACAAGCAGGCUACUUACUAUCCAUAAAAGAAUCCACUUGGAAGUGAAACCAUAUGAAUGCAUAGAGUGUGGAAAGACCUUUGCUCAAAGUGGUCAUCUUAUUUCCCAUAAGAUGACCCACACAGGGGAGAAGCCAUUUAAAUGCAUGGAGUGUGGAAAGACAUUUACUCGGAACAAUGAUCUCAAAAGGCACAAAAAGAUCCACACAGGAGAGAAGCCAUUUAAAUGCACGGAAUGUGGAAAGUGCUUUGCUUAUAGAUAUAUACUUAUUUCCCAUAAGAUGAUCCACGAAAGGCCAUAUAAAUGCAGGGAGUGUGGAAAGACCUUUGCUCAAAGAGGUCAUCUUAUUUCCCAUAAAAUAAUACACAGAGGAGUGAACCUGUAUAAAUACAUGGAGUGUGGAAAGUGAUCUUAAAAGGUGCAAAAAGAUGCACACUGGAGAGAAACCAUUUAAAUACACGGAAUAUGGAAAGACCUUUGCUCAUAGAUGAAAUCUUAUUUCCCAUUAGAAAUUAAGUGAAGAAAGAUUAUUGUUAUGUAAGAGUUAAAUACAGAGGUUGAUAAUUAGAAACAUGUUGAUAUAAUUAACAUAAAAAGUAUAAAUAAGCUAAUACCAGAAAUUCAGUUAAAAUUGUUUUGUUACACUAUCAUUGUUACUAUAUAUGUGUUGAUAUUUGUUUGUUUUUUCUUUUGCUUUUUUGUAAAUGAUAUGCCCUGACAAUGCACUGUAUUCAAAACGUGUAUGAAUAAAAAUAAAACAUAUACUCAAAAU